AUGUCUUCAGGAGGAAGUAAUGCAUAUAUAAACGAUAUAGUGGAUUUCUCUGAAUCGGUUAAAAAUGAAAAAAGUGAAAUAGCCGAAUUUUUUGCUCAUACUAAUGUUUUGGUAACAGGAGGAACAGGUUUUUUGGGAAAACUACUCAUCGAAAAGUUGCUCAGAACUUGCUCGGAUAUUGUAAGAAUAUAUAUGAUAGUGAGACCAAAAAAAGGAAAAACAGCUUUGGAACGAUUUAAAGAAAAUUUUGAAGAAGUUGUAUUUGAUAAAUUGAGGCGUGAGCAACCAAAUGUUCUACAAAAAGUGGUAAUGCUAGAAGGUGAUGCGAUGUUAGAAGAUUAUGGAUUGUCGCAGGAAAAUAAAAAUAUUUUAAUGGAUACCAACGUUAUUUUUCAUGCGGCUGCAACCGUACGAUUUGACGAAAAAAUUCGCGUGGCACUCAACAUUAAUGUUAAAAACACGAAAUUCUUAUUAACAUUUGCAAAAAGUCUACCGAAUUUGAAGGCCUUCGUACAUGUAUCAACUGCAUUCUCGCCUUGUAUACAUAAGACUAUUGAAGAAAUACAUUAUAAAAAUAAUAUGGAUGCAGAUAAAGUCUUAAUAUUAUUGGAUAUUUUAGAUGAUGAAAAACUUCAAAAAUUGACCCCUGUAUUGCUUGACGAAUGGCCAAAUACAUAUAUUUUUACCAAAUCACUAGGAGAAAAUAUUGUAUUAAAAUACAGUAAUGAUCUUCCAAUUUGUAUUGUACGACCUAGUAUCGUUAUAUCAACUUAUAAAGAACCGAUUAGUGCAUGGAUUAAUAAUAUGUAUGGAGCUACAGGUGUAACAAUGGGAAGUGCUACAGGUUUGUUACGUACAUUAUACUGUAUACCAGAAAAUAUAGCAGAUAUUAUACCAGCAGAUUAUGUUAUUUCUAACAUUAUUUCUGCUGCUUGGGAUAUUGGUAACAGAAAGAUUGCAGUAACAUCAGAUCAAAUAUCUAAUUUACCAGAGGAAAUAAAAGUACCAGUUUAUAACAUGGUAUCUUCUUGUCAAAAUCCAAUUUCUUGGGGCGAUUACAUGAAAAAAGUUGAACAUUAUGCAUUUGAAGUACCUAGUAUAAAAAUUUUAUGGUAUUAUAUGUUGAUACUCAAUAGAUACUUACUAAUGCAUAAGAUUUGUGUUUUUGUUUUGCACAUAGUACCAGCAAUUAUUGUUGACACGUUAGCUUACAUCACUGGUCACGAACCGAUACUGUUAAAUAUAUACAAAAAGAUACAUAAAUUUAGCAAUGUAAUACAUUACUUUGCAACAAACGAGUGGAAGUUUCACAAUGACAAUGUUAUGAAACUUUGGAAGAAAAUGAAUUCCCACGAUCAGGAAAUUUUCAACUUCAAUACAGGAGAUUUAGAUUGGGAUGCAUACUUUUAUGUCAAUGUAAGAGGUUUACGUACAUAUUUAUUAAAUGAUCCUAUGGAUACAAUGGAUGAUGCAAUAGUCAGAUGUACCAGGCUACGUGUAGCUCAUUACACAAUCGUAACUGUAGUAACAUUAUUAUUUGCAUGGAUUGCAGUGUCAUUUACAAGGUUUGUUUGGUCUUUUUGUCCUCUAUCGCACUAAUAAUUAAUAAUCGUAGACCUGCUUCUUUUUAACAAUCUAAAUUAAAUUUAAAUCCACUUGUUUUUCAACUAUAUAUACCUCUAUUACAAGAAAUUGUUGAUUAUCGGACUUGUUCCGUUAUGAUGAUAAUAGAUGUCGCCACAAAGCUGUAUGGUAUUUUCUGAAAUGAAACAUGGAUAUUUUGGUAACUUUGUUAAAUUAUUAAUUAUGUACUAGUUUGUACGUAAGAAAAUA